AACUUUGAACUAAAUAGACAUUCGCUUUAGAAAUCAGGAAACAACAAAAUCAGUGAUUGGUUGGUUGUUCAUACUAGCAUCCCUAUCGAAUAAUUGUAAAUUGUAUAUAAAUACUACACAGCAAUUUCAUUUUCUUCACAUCACCAAUUCAAUCAGUAUUUUAACUAUCACUGGAACAAUUUAAUCAAAGAAUCACAAUGAAGACACUGCCUGUGCUGCUUAUUGCUGUGGUUGUUUUAAAUGUGAAUUGCGCACCAACAACGGUUGCACCGUCAGAGCAGUCGACUACAACACUACAUAGCUAUCAAGGCCAAGUCGACAGCGCCAGUGAGAGUCACACAUCCCUGUUAUUACCGUCAGAGAAUGAUGACUCAGAAAUUAAAGAGAAAGUGAAAGAUCUCAUUGAAACAGCAACAGAAUUUGCAACAGGGUCACAUCAACUUGUACACAGGGCAGCCACAAAAGGGUUAACUUAUGAUGACACUAUGUCAGCUAUAGACGAUUUGAAAUCUCUCCACGAGGACAUAACUAGUAUCAUCGUCCAACUUUCUGAUCUCACUGAAGACGAAUCUCAAGAUGAAAAUGCGGAAGAUGAGAAGGAAACAACAUAUGAUGAAACAGUACUCGACAAAAUAUUUUUAGAAGCGCUCAAGAAAAUCGAGUUGUCAAAUGAAGACAUUCUUAGCCUAAUUGUGGAUCAAGGUCUCUUGGGCACCGAUGGAGCAAGACUUCGCAUGAGCACCAAACUACUGAACACCAUAGCAAGAGAGGGGCUUAUCGAAGCUGCACAAGAUCUCAAAUUAGCUCUAGAAGAAGAGAUUGAAGACAGUGCUGAGGUUGAGGAGAUCGUUACUUCCAUUCUCCACUACGCGAAUGCCAUGGAGACAACACUCGAGGCUAUCAAGGAAGCAUUUGAUGAUGCAGCGCUAUUAGUUUCAAGAGAAGCUGGCCUUUUAUCAGAAAGCAGUUCGUCCGAUGAAGACCAAGAUUCAAACGACGAAGAUGAAAUUGAUGGAGAUGAUAGCGAUGAAGAUGGUAGUGACAACGAUGACAGCGACGAAGAUGAUAGCGACGAAGAUGAACAAGAACGCAGAGUAAGAAGAGAUACUGGGAAUUAUAACCCCACUUAUACACUCCCUGGACAGAGAAGGCCAUUUUACAAUCCAAACACACCUCGGUUUACCUUACAAAAUAGGCGCUUUGGACAAUAUAACUUAGGGCGAGGAUGGGAACUCAACAGAGACACCCUAAGUUGGACCAGUAGAAGUGGAAACGCACGUUUCAGCGUCUCUCCAAAAUGGUCAUUGUCAAAUCCUGGAGCAUCUGCCAGUUUCAGCUACAGAUUUGGUGGAUAAAUAAUUAAAUAUAGUUAGACACUUAUUUUUGUUGACUUAAAACUUUACUAUUUGGUCAUAUAUUUAUCGAACUUUGAAAAGAAAAACACCCGAAACUACGUAUGUACGAUAAACAUAAUUCAAAGUUGAAGUUUAACUGAAUCACAUGGACUCAUGGAAAUCAAAUCAUGGACUCAAAACACUGUAUUUUGAUCAGGAAUGUGCAAUUAUGUCUGUGUGUUUGGAUACGCAUCUUACGCUCACUGAAACGUUAUUUAUAUUUUCUAUUUUUGUCAAUUGUUAUAAUGUACAUUUAUGUAAGGAAGGGAAAUAAAUAAACGGGAAAAUUAGUAUUUUUAUAUAAA